AUGGAUUCGAUGGCCGAAGUGAUCAUCAUCACUCUUUUGACGUCAAAGCUUGACCCUGCAACCAGGAAGUCGUGGGAGUUGUCGGUAGGACACGGCAAGCUCCCAGGGUAUAAAGAUACGAUCGCGUUCCUGAGGAAUCAUUGCCACGUACUGGAGCGCUGCGAACAAGGAGUUGGUCUUGUGAAGGCAAGAAAUCAGCAUUCUAUUUUGAAACCGGCUGCAGCACAAAAAACGUAUACGAUGACAGUUCAGAAACCAGACGACGGAUGCCCGAUAUGCUCAGCGAAACAUUUGGUCGACUCCUGCGAUGCUUUCAAGAAGCUACCGAUAGACGCGCGGUAUGAAAAAGCGAAGCAAUUGGGGUUGUGCUUCGGAUGCCUCAAAAAGGGACACCGGACGGCAUCUUGUAAGAAAAAAACGACUUGCCUGUCUUGCACGAAGAAGCAUCAUCCACUGAUGCACUAUGAAGAGAAACAAUGUGGCAGCUCGGAAUCUUCGGCAGAAUAUAAACAAACUAGUGGCAACCCGGAGCAACUAACAGCGGCGAAAUGCGUGAUUCCUGUCGAACCUAGCUUGGCGAAGAAACAGAUCUUGUUGGCAACGGCAAUUGUGAAAGUUUUUGAUUCUUGUGGUGUUCCAUAUGAUUGUCGUGUGCUGCUUGAUUCAGGUGCAAUGGCGAGCUUUAUUUCGGAGCGAAUGGCGAAUCUGCUAAACUUGCGAAGAAGAAGUGCAAACGUCCCCAUUGUAGGCGUAAAUGGGAUGAAGACGACCGUAAAGUUCAAGAUUAGUGCGAGAGUGGCUUCCAGGACGACGGAUUACAGUUUUGUUGUGGAGUAUCUUGUCAUUCCUCAAGUAAAUGGACCGCUUCCAGUGAAUAAAAUCGAUUAUUCGAGCUGGCCGAUUCCGAAUAAAAUGGAACUUGCAGAUCCUAAGUUCUUUGAGCCAAGUCGCAUCGACAUGUUGAUAGGUGCGGAGAUGUUUUUUGAUUUGAUUCAGCCAGGUAAAUAUCGAAUGGCCUCAGACUUGCCAGUGUUACAGGAGAGCUCGUUAGGCUGGUUGGUAGGAGGACCUGUGGGUGGUGCGACUGCGUUUAGCACCGCACGGGUGUGUCAAGUAAACUCAAUGAACAUUGGCAAUGAUCAGCUGACCGAGUUACUUCAACGAUUUUGGACGAUAGAUGAUCAGCAAAAUGAAGCGACUCCCAAACACGACGAUUUUUGUGAGGAUCAUUUCUUUAGGACACAUACUCGAAUACCGGAGGGGCGAUAUGUCGUGAAAUUACCAUUUCGAGACAAUGUUUGUGAUUUGGGCGCAUCUCGGCAGCAAGCAGAGAAGAGAUUCCACUCAUGA